AUGGAAUGCUCCCCUCCCAAACGCCGGGAAUAUCAUGAAACUGCAACAGAGGCAGACCGUAACCAAGCGCUUUCGUUCGUGACCCAUGCCCCCUUGGUUUUAAAAUCUCUCCUUCAUCCUGGCUGCCACCGUCCUCAGGUUCCCGUACACCUUGCCCGGGGGCUUGCCCAGAAUCAAGCUGACCACCGACUCGCGGGCCAUGUGGAUGUUCUUGAAGCCGCCCAAGAUGUGAAUCUUGGAGUCGGCGAGCACGAUUCUCGUCCGGCUGGCGUUCUCAAUGGCAAACUUGGUCUUGCCGUCCUUGCCGGCGAUGCGACCGAUCGCGCGCGCUUGGCUGUCUCCGUGCAUGGUCCUGACAUCCUUAAUCUCGAAUGUCUCGAUGUAAAGGUCGUCCAGUCGCAACAGAGCGACGGCAUCGUCCACCUCGAAGCCAAGGGUAAACGCCUUGACAAAGUCCUCGCCCUUUUGCAGCGCCCCCGUGUCGACGGUGUGCUUCGACGUGCGCAGCUCCACCGUCUUGCGCUUAAUGUUCAUCCGGCACUGCAGCUUGAGGUGCUCGACGAGUGGCGGGUAGAUGGACGGCCACGCCUGCUUGAGGGGUGUCAUUCGGUGCGGCGGGACGGGGAUCUUGCGAGUUUCCACUCUAGUCACAGGGUCCUGCAGAAUAGUUAG